GCUGAGGGAAGCUGCACUCCGUGCUUUGGUCUCCGUCGCGGCUGUUGCUCCGCUGCUGCUGCUGCUUCGCUACGUAGAGCGUGCUUUUGUGUGUUUUGGACAAAGAGUUUUUGGCCAACGCCGUCGACGCCACCGCUGUCGUCUGGCUCUUCCUCCUUCCGGCAGCUUCACAGCAGCAAGGCCGAGUUCAAAGGCUGCAGCGGUCAGUCCUGUUUGUGCUGCUGCUGGAUGGUGAGAAUGCUUACGCCUUUGAUACUGCUGCUCUUGGCCGUCCACCCCGGCACCCCCCAGCAUUCGCCGGGCACCACGCACCCUCCGACGACAGAAACCGUUUCCUUAUCAAGUGCAUCAUCCCCGUCCCCCAGCACCACCACAGCACCGUCCCCCUCAUCAACACCGGCUGGAUCAACGCCCUCAGUGCUAUCUUCGAGUCCGUCGCCCCUGAGACCCGCGGAUGCGACCCCGACGGCCUCGGUCCUAACCCUCACCCCCACGACGCCCACCCUGCGGCUGCUGUCGUCGUCUCCAGCCCCAAACUCCACCUUGCUGCGCUCGGAGCGGCCGAAAAGCCCGACCGUGGCCUCGGCUGUGGUGGUCGACGAGGUGGAAGGCGCCGUGUGGCCCGUGAAGCGCGAGGCCGUCGUCGAGGGCGACCUGGUGCUCGGCGGCCUCAUGAUGGUGCACGAGCGCGAGGACUCGAUCACCUGCGGGCCCAUCAUGCCCCAGGGCGGCGUGCAGGCCCUCGAGGCCAUGCUCUACACCGUCGACCGCGUCAACGAGGAUAGGGACUUUCUGCCGGGCUUCACGCUGGGCGCCUACGUGUUGGACGACUGCGAUAAGGACACCUACGGCCUCGAGAUGGCUGUGGAUUUCAUCAAGGGCUCGAUCAGUAACAUCGACGACGCCGAGUUCCACUGUAACAAAACACAGGUGCGGAAGGUGAUUUCUGGCGUGGUCGGCGCUGCCUCGAGCGUCACAUCAAUCCAGGUGGCGAACCUCCUCCGUCUCUUCAAGAUACCGCAAGUGUCGUUCUUCUCGACGAGUCCCGAGUUGAGCAACAAGCAGCGCUUCGAGUAUUUCACGCGCACAAUUCCCAGCGACCACUACCAAGUGAAGGCGAUGGUCGAUAUCGUGGGUCGCAUGGGCUGGAAGUACAUAUCCAUCCUGUACGAAGAGUCCAACUACGGCAUCAAGGCCUUCGAGGAGCUGGAGGAUCUGCUAGCGACGAAGAACAUUUGCAUCGCCAUCAAGGAGAAGUUGGUCAAAGACUCGGGAGUGGCCGGCGAGCACGCUUACGACUCCAUCGUGGCAAAGUUGCUGACGAAACCGCGCGCCAGAGGUGCAAUAAUAUUCGGGUCAGACCAGGAAGUGGCCGGCGUGAUGCGCGCUGUGCGGAGGGCUAACGCCACGGAAAACUUCUCCUGGAUCGGCUCGGAUGGCUGGAGCGCCCGCAACCUGGUCUCCGACGGCAACGAGGUGGAGGUCGAAGGCACCCUUUCAGUGCAACCGCAGGCCAACCCCGUUCGUGGCUUCGAGGAAUAUUUCCUCAGCCUUACGGUCGAGAACAACAAGAGGAAUCCGUGGUUUGCGGAGUUCUGGGAGGCACAUUUCCAGUGCCACUACCCCAACUCGUCGCGCACCCCCUACAACCAGAAUUUCCCCGGGACGUGUACGGGCCAGGAGACUUUGACGAAGGAAAACAUGGCCUUUGAGGGACAGCUGCAGUUCGUCAGCGACGCGGUAAUGGCGUUCGCGCACGCCCUCAGGGACAUGCACCGAGACGUCUGCCACGGAAGGCACGGCCUGUGCGACGCGAUGAAGCCCACCAAAGGAACGGAGCUGCUCCGAUACUUGCGCAAAGUGGAAUUUGAAGGUCUGAGCGGCGACAACUUCCGGUUCGACCCUCAGGGUGACGGUCCCGCCCGCUACAACAUCAUCCACUUCAAGCAAGUGAGCCAGGGAGUGUUCCGAUGGGUGCGCGUCGGCGAGUACUGGGAGGGCGAGCUGCGUCUCAACAUGUCAGAAAUUCAGUUCAAGCUCGGACAUCCGCAGCCACCCGAGUCAGUUUGCUCGCUUGAAUGUGAACUAGGCCAGGCGAAAAAAUACUUGGAGGGCGAGAGUUGCUGCUGGCACUGCUUUAACUGCACUCAAUAUCAGAUCCGGCACCCAACCGACGAGACGCAAUGCCUGCUGUGUCCGCAGGGCACGGUGCCGGACCAGCGGCACACCAAGUGCGAGCCGAUUCCCGAGGAAUACCUGCGUGCGGACAGCGGCUGGGCGAUCGGCGCGAUGGCCUUCUCGGCCACGGGCAUCGUGGUCACGGCGCUUGUGGCUGGCGUCUUCUUGCGACACCACGAUACGCCGGUGGUCAGGGCGUCUGGCCGCGAGCUCAGCUACAUUCUGCUGCUUGGCAUCUUCCUUUGUUACGCGAUGACCUUCAUUCUGGUGCUCAAACCAAGUGACGUUGUUUGCGGCCUUCAAAGAUUCGGUGCCGGAUUCUCGUUCACAGUGGUCUACGCAGCGUUGCUGACCAAAACGAAUCGCAUCUCGCGCAUCUUCAACGCCGGCAAGCGGACCGCAAAGCGGCCGAGCUUCAUAUCGCCCCGAUCGCAGCUGAUCAUCUGCACCGGGCUCACAGGGUUUCAGGUACUAAUUAACGCUGUCUGGAUGGUAGUGUCUCCUCCCUCAGCAGUGCAUCACUACCCAACAAGAGAUGACAAUCUCUUAGUUUGCUCAUCAAGUGUUAACGCUUCUUAUAUGAUAUCAUUUAGCUACCCCAUUGUGCUGAUUGUGAUCUGCACUCUGUACGCCGUCCUGACGCGCAAGAUUCCUGAAGCAUUCAACGAGUCGAAGUACAUCGGCUUCACGAUGUACACGACAUGUGUCAUCUGGUUGGCGUUCGUGCCGAUCUACUUCAGCACUGCCAACAACAUCGCCAUCCGCAUCACCAGCAUGAGCGUGACCAUCUCGAUGAGCGCCACCGUCACCGUCGCGUGCCUCUUCACGCCCAAGCUGUACAUCAUCCUGGUCAGGCCCGAGCGAAACGUGCGACAGAGCAUGAUGCCGGUGCGCUACUCUGCGGUGCGUGGACCGCGCCAUCAAAGCAUCAGCGGGCCCACCGGCGUCACCAGCUCCGUGGUUGGCGCCGGAAAUUUGCUUGGCGUGCUGCCGCCCAACCACGGCAUGGAGUCGGGUUCGCACAGUGACGCGGGCCACAGCACAAACGCCAACAACCACUCGUCGACAAGCAAGCAGUUGACGACGCGCGGCACGCAGACGCUCAACUGCGUCAACAACGCCGAGAAGCACGUGACGAUCAACAACACGACGCACACGAUGGGCAACGGACCAGUAAGUAAUAACUCUCAGCCAAACUCGCCCACCAAGAGUGCAGAUCAAUGCAAAUCUGAUUUAACUUUAUAGCAGUACGUGCAGGCCGUUGACAGGCCCCUCCAAGAGACUGACCUUUAGCUAAUGAACCUGUUGAACGUCACUGUUGUCAGUGACGUCAAAAAGUACGUGUAGCACCACGUGGACGCUCGUUGUCGCAAAGUGGACAAAUAAAUUGCGCGCGCGAGAUAUCUUUUUACAUUUUGCACAAAAACACACAGAGACUCUCUUUAAAUAAGAACGGAAACCAACAAGUGCGUCAAACUCGUAUGAGGAAAAAUGUUAAGUACCAUAGUAUGUUUUUUUCUUUAACGAGCAAAAUCUGACUGCCGAUACAAGAGAGACUUUGACGGUGGAAGUUGUUGGAAAAUUUGUUCCCCCAGUGUAAAUGGAAGGUGAAGAGAAUGCGGUUGCCAUCUAUUGGGGCUUAUUUCAAAGAAUUGUUAACCUAAAAAUAAAUUUUCAGGGACUGGAUGGCGCUGCUUGUUCGCUCUAAUUUUUUGAACAAAAUUCCACAGUAACGAAAUCUCAAAAUCAAUUUGGUAUUGCCACAACGAGCAACUCACUUUGGUAAUUAUUAUUAUUAUAAUUUAUUUUGCUAGCUCCGCAGAGUUCUGGAUGACAGGCAAGAUUCUUUAAUCCUUACCCCGUUUUAUAAUUCUCAUUAAACCAUCAUUAAAGGCCUAAAACCUCUUGCACUCUUCCAUUUUCACCCGGGAGGUGGUCAAAUAUUUUAUAAUUCUGUGUAAGCUAAAAAUUUGGUUAACAUUAAGGUCCUGUUCAAAGUUUAAUGGAGUUGUUUUUAAAUGUGUCGUCUUGAAAUUUUAGAUUCGCUACAGGCACCAUCAGCCGUUAACUGUGUUUUAACCCAAAGAGCCCACUGCGUUUUAACGUGAUCGAUUUAGAUCGAAUCAUUGCCAAAAGAGAAUAAUUACUAACUUGCAAAAUUCAGACUAUUUACAUGGAGCGAGCUGAUGAGACAAAGGAAUCCCUGCUUUGUGCUGUGAUAUAUUCAAAUCGAGGUCCUGUACGGACUCGAGACUCUAUAUAAACGAAACUGCUAGUUUUAUACCAAAGAAAUCGAAGAGAGUUGUUUGUUCUACCUAUAAAAACGUCGGACAUAACGAGUAAAAAUGUUUCCUCCUCGAGCUGGGGGAGAUGCACAAUUCGUGGAGAAGGGAUCAUUUGUUAUUGUUGAGCACGUAAUUCUUUUUAACUAAAAUUAUCAAGGAACACUUUGGUUUUAGCUUUAAAAGUUUUCUUGCUACCUAUAAUAGUCUUCUUAAUGUGUGUGGUCGACGCAGUUUUUGUGUCGCGAACGUGUCAAGACAGGGAACUUAAACGUGUAAAUACUUAGAUGUAAGUGUUAAAAUCAACUAAAAUUUAAGUAUUAUAUAUACGAACUGUAAAUAAUAACUCUCUAUUUGCAUACUGUCUAGUCAACUGGUCUAGAUUUUAGCCGAAAAGGGUUGACGAACAAACAAACAAACAAACAAACAAACAACACUCUGUCUAUAAUAAUUAAUUACUACUACAAAAACUAAAAGAAUACAUAUGUUUUUAUGGAAUGUUUCCUGGUGAGACAGACAAACAGCUAUCAGCAGGUGUGCAUUGCACACAACGCAAUCUAUGUAAUUACGAUUACCUGGAAACACACACUAUGAAUGUUGCUGUUGUUGUUGAUGUUUGAACAAGAGAGAAUUUCUAUUUGUACAAAAGGUUUGUGAACUGAAGACGUAAGAUAAAAAAAUAUAUUGAGAAAUGUAGUGUUCUUUCCGCAGACAUAGAGGUCAGCAUAUCCUGAGCCCUAGCUGGUUUCUAUCAAAGUUGUAAGGACUCUACGUCACUCAGUUAAAUGAUAUUGCACAAAUGGUCGAAUGAGAUUUAACGUUUUGCUCAUUAUAAUAUAUAUAUACACUAUCUCACCUGUUGAAACAAAGAAUCAAUUGCGCGCGGAAGUUGCUGUUGCCUGACUGUCUCUUUCUUUCCAUUGAAGUUGCUGCAGUGUGUGCAAAAGCUAUUUGACACCAACGUACCGAUCUUCAAUUUGGACUAGCGCUUAGACAGGCUGUAUUUUUCGAUGGAUUAAAAAAAUAACCCCGCAAAUAAAUUUCAUCCAAAUAUUGAGACUGUCUGAAAUUUCCUGUGCUUUGAUUUCGAGAUAUCAGAGCACAGGAAAUACAUAUUAAUUGAAACUCGUUGAUUUGUUAAUUACGAAAAAUUUCUGCGACCCAACCAAAAAUUGUUUAUUGUUGAUGUGUGGUGGAAUUUUCCUCAGCGGGCCUCCCCAAACCCCAGCAAAAUGUCUGUCUCCCCGUCGAUCAGCUCCGCAAGAGCCCGGGUCCAGACACAAAAAGCAUGUAGAUGCCAUUCCGCUCUGUAAUAGGUGUGCGAAAUCGCAUAUUAUCGAUGUAUGCUCAAAAAACUACACAACGGCGUUAAAAAAACAACUACCAGAGAAAAACCCAAAGCAUAGAGCCAUCAACAAUUUGAUGUCAUUUAACAAAACUGGACGGAUGAAUAUAGAUAAUUUACCUAGGGUGGCUUUCUCGAGAAUUUGUGCGAUGGCGGAGGUUGACAGAAUAAAAUAAAACGAAUCAUUGUUGAGAAA